AUGACAAACAAUAAUGAACGCAACAAACCUCUUGGCUGGGAAAUUAUUGAUGAUGAUGAUGUUACAUCUCAACAUAAUUCGGAAGCAAGUAUUGACAUUGUUUCAUUGUUAAGACAAGCAAGUGAUGAAGUACAAAAUAUUGAACAAAGUGAGGAUGUAGAGCAUUCCCAACAAACAAGAAAACAAUCAACAAGCAAGAAACCAAAAGCACCAAAACAGGUGCCAAUUUUAUACACUGAUAUUUUGGAUAAUUAUACUGAUUUUUCGUUUUUAAAAUAUAAAUUAACUGGAGAUGCAAUUAUUGAGGAUGGAAGAGUUAAUAGAACUAAGAGCAAAUCUAAGCCAGUAGCAAUUUGUAAUAUGGAUCAUUUCGGAUUUUCAAAAAAAGAUUUGUUUAGAAAAUCUUGUAAACAUUUCGUUGAAUCUAAGCCCCAUCUAAAUUUAAUAUCAGCUAACAAUAAUUCUAUUAAAAGCAUCAAACUAUUUAAUAUUAAUGAAAUGAAACAGAGUAAGGAUAUAAAAUUUAAAGAUAAAGAAGUUCUAGGAAGAUUCUUAUUUGGAAUUGAAUUGGCUGGAUUAAAUCAUGGAAUUAAUGGAUUUGAACAUUUUAUUCAUUUGAUUGCAUAUUUAUUUAAGGAUGAAUUUAUUCAUGCCAUUGGAACAUAUGAUUACAAGGAUAAAAUUUUAAAAAAAGUAAAAGAAUUACCAAUUCAGGAACAUUUAGAAAGUCUUAAUGAAUAUAUUGAGAUGUAUGAAAAAAAAACAUUUCCAAUAAUAUCUCCACUGAAAUAUAUUGAAGAAGAGCAACAUCAGGAUUUGGAUAGUGAAGAAGAUCAAAAUGAAGAACAUGAACAUUUUAAUGAAUUUAAUACUGGAGUGGUUUCAACAACAAAGAAACAUUCAAAGGAAAAACAACAACCACAAAAAGAAACAAAUAUUGAAAAUGAUGAUAAUGAAUGGCAUGAUAUAGAUAGCUCAAUGGAUGACGAUGUUGAAGAGGUAGUUAAUAUUGUUGAACAAUCACGUGUAGAUGUAGUCAAUAAUGAAUCAAGUAAAUUUACAUUUACUAAAAAAAUGGUUAGAGAUAUUUAUGGAAAACAAGAAUCCAGAAUGUCAUGUUUGAAUUAUUCUAAAUUUUCCAAAAUAACUGAAUCAGACAACACCAAAGACUCAGUUUUAAGAAAAGCAACAGCUAUUUUGAAUAUACAAACUCUUUUAAAAUUUGGAGUUCAGGUUGAUGAAGAAAAUUCAAUAGUUGUCGCGAGCAUGCUCAAGGUGUUGGAAGAAUCAAUAAGGUACCACAUUAAUUGGAUUAAGGAAGCCGAAAAAGAUGAAACUUUGAGCAAAAAAUUGAAAAAAGAGGAUUUGGAAAUAGAUUUAAAAGUAUUUUAUUUCAAAUUAAAUCUAGAUGAAGCCUCAGGUACUGUUACAUUCGCUAUUCAAUUAUUGAAUGGAAAAUCUCAUGGAAAUCCCGAAUCGAGAUUAAAUGUGACAACACUAGCUGCCUGGCGUGGAGGCGAAGAGAAAAUGAGAUCGAAAGUAGUAAUGUAA